GGAGCGGGUCGCGCUGGAGGGGGGCGGAGGCGGAAGUGGCGGUGCCGGGCACGGGGAGUAGGAAGAAGCCGGGGCUGUAGCCGGAGUGGAGCGGCUGCCAGCCGAGGAGCAGGCGCGGCCGCGGCGCCAUAUUGCGGCCCUCAGCGGCCGCGACCGAGUCAUGGCCGAGACCUACGACUUCCUCUUCAAAUUCCUGGUGAUUGGCAGUGCAGGAACUGGCAAAUCAUGUCUCCUUCAUCAGUUCAUUGAGAAUAAGUUCAAGCAGGACUCCAACCACACGAUCGGCGUGGAGUUUGGAUCCCGGGUGGUCAACGUGGGUGGGAAGACUGUGAAGCUACAGAUUUGGGACACGGCUGGCCAGGAGCGGUUUCGGUCGGUGACGCGGAGUUAUUACCGAGGGGCGGCUGGAGCCCUGCUGGUGUACGACAUCACCAGCCGGGAGACGUACAAUUCACUGGCUGCCUGGCUGACAGAUGCCCGCACCCUGGCCAGCCCCAACAUCGUGGUUAUCCUCUGUGGCAACAAGAAGGACCUGGACCCUGAGCGGGAGGUCACUUUCCUGGAGGCCUCCCGCUUUGCCCAGGAGAAUGAGCUGAUGUUUCUGGAGACCAGCGCUCUCACAGGUGAGAAUGUGGAAGAGGCAUUCCUCAAGUGUGCCCGCACCAUCCUCAACAAGAUUGACUCAGGUGAGCUAGACCCCGAGAGGAUGGGAUCCGGCAUUCAGUAUGGGGAUGCGUCCCUCCGCCAGCUUCGGCAGCCUCGGAGUGCCCAGGCCGUGGCCCCUCAGCCGUGUGGCUGCUGAGCCUUGUGGAGCCAGCUCACCUGUUCUUCAGGACCAGCCCUGCCCUUCCGGCUGGGGCCCAGGCCCAGGCUCCGAGAGGCCGUGUCCCAACCUGCCCUGGCCCCGGAGAAGCUGCACCGCCACCUGUCCCCCUUCCUUGGUGGGGCCUGGCUUUGGGGCAAGACUGAGCCACGGGGGAAGGGGGAUCCCGUACCUGCUGCUGCUUCCUCUGUCUUGGCUAACCUCUGUCCCCCUGAACCCCUAACCAUACCCCAAGAGCUCCCAAAGCCUGAGACCAGGGUCAUUUGUCCCUACCUCCCCGCCUGGCCCUGCUGUUGCUAGUACCUGUUAUUUAUUACCUGGAGGCCUGUCCAGCACCCACCCUACCCCCAUAAAGCAUUGUUUACACCUGUG